UGAAGCAGCUGGGAACCUUUGGCCACCUGGUCACGUGCUCAGCACCCUGGAUCCGACCAAUCGCAGGCAGCCAAGAGGCAGUUAGAGAAAGAAUUCUGGGAAUUUGCUUCUGCUCAGAAGGGCAGUUGGGAGUCUGAAGAAGACAAGAAAGAUAGAGGGGAUUCCUCCAUGUUCAGUCACUGGGCAGCGAGUAUAGUACGAUGGAUGGGCGGAAGUAGCGGACUAGGCGCCGUGGGUUGUCCCGGGUUCUGGGGGCUUCAGCGAAGGUGCCUGUCCCUCCAUGAAUACCUGAGCAUGCAGCUGCUGAAGGAAGCCGGUGUCUCGGUGCCGAAGGCCCUGGUGGCGAAGACCCCUGAGGAGGCCUUCCAAGCUGCCAAGAAGAUCGGGACGGAGGACCUGGUGGUGAAGGCCCAGGUUUUAGCCGGGGGGCGUGGCAAAGGGACCUUCGAAGGUGGGCUGAAGGGCGGCGUGCAGAUGGUGGGGUCUCCGGAGGAGGCCAAGGAGGUGGCCGCAAGAAUGAUCGGCAAGAAGCUCUUCACCAAGCAGACAGGUGAGAAAGGACAGAUCUGCAACCAGGUUCUUGUCUGCGAACGCCGAUACUUGCGGAAGGAGUAUUACUUCGCCAUCACCAUGGAGGGCAGCUUCCAGGGACCGGUGUUGAUUGGCAGCUCCCAAGGUGGAGUCAACAUUGAAGAGGUGGCUGCCAAGAACCCGGAAGCCAUCAUAAAAGAACCGGUGAACAUCGCGGAGGGCAUCCAGGAAGAUCAGGCCCUACGGCUGGCCCAGAAAAUGGGUUUUCCCACCAAGGUGGCGGGUGCAGCUGCUGAGAACAUUGUCAAGCUGUACCACCUGUUUAUCAAGUAUGAUGCACUCCUGGUGGAGAUCAACCCGCUAGCGGAAGACUCUACGGGGACUGUCAUGUGCGUGGACGCCAAGAUCAACUUUGAUGACAAUUCGGCCUUCCGUCAGAAGAAGGUCUUUGAGCUGCAGGAUUGGACCCAGAUGGAUGAGAAGGAGAGGGAGGCUGCCAACGCGGAACUGAAUUACAUUGCGUUGGAUGGGAACAUUGGUUGUCUGGUCAACGGGGCAGGCUUGGCCAUGGCCACUAUGGACAUCAUCAAGCUCCACGGAGGCUCACCGGCCAAUUUCCUGGAUGUCGGCGGAGGGGCCACGGCAGAGCAGGUGAAGGAGGCCUUCAAGCUGAUCACAUCUGACAAGCAGGUGCAGUCCAUCCUGGUCAACAUUUUUGGUGGCAUCAUGCACUGCGACAUCAUCGCCAAAGGCAUCAUCCUGGCAGCCACAGAGCUGGAGCUGAAGACUCCCGUGGUGGUCAGGUUGCAGGGCACCCAAGUCAACCAGGCGAAGGUUUUGAUAGCCCAGAGCAAACUGGAGAUCUUGGCCUGCGAUGAUCUGGAUCAGGCAGCCAAAGUAGCUGUGGGCCUCUCCAAAAUCGUGACGUUGGCCAAGGAAGCCCAGCUGCAGGUGACCUUCCAGUGGAAGACCUGAGGAAGCUUCUCUGCUUGGGAUCUCUGAAGGCCCUGAAAGCCCUCAAAGUUCUAAGGGCUGAAUCAGGCAAGCGUGGCUUCCAUCUCCACCAUGCCUGAUGAACAGGAGAUCUCCUGUAGCUUCACUUCUUCUGUCCUAUUUGUAGAUGACUAAGGAGGUCAACUGGAAACUCUAUGAUGGGCUUGGCCGGCUUCUUCCCAAUAAAACCUGGGCAUGAAGCCAACGGUGGUCUCUGGUCUCAUAAGUCCUGGGUUGGCAUGUUGGUUGGUGCCAUCCGGGCGGGUUUAGAAGCCCUCAUAAAGGACCAAGCUUUUUUGGCCAGCAUUAAACCACCAUCCAAGGAAGAGGAGAGGGGAUCACGCCAAUGUCGGUGAAGGCUCUGCUUUAAAGGGGGAAAGUUUAAGGGGUUGGUUAUCAGCCAACAAGCUAGCUUAACCGAUAGCCUGCGAUGUAACAGCCAUAAAUGGAGAAUUAUCCUUUAUGGUUGGAAGUCACGACGGUCGUAAAGCAGGACACUCAGGUGCCUGAUUUCUUCUGAUGAUUGUUAAGUAGCUUGUUAGCUUCCUCUUCUCUUCUCCUCUCCUUCUUCUGCU